ACAUCAACAAGUUUGGCACGCGCCAAAGUGACUGCGAUCAGUAGCUCUAAUGUGCUUUCUUCUUUGAUCAGACGUUCCUCUCCAAAAUGGUUAGUCCUUCCUAUAGUCAGCAAGUCGCCCCUCUUCGUGGAAGACCUACGAUCUUCGGAAAUGUUUAUGAAAAGAAUGUUGUGUUUCUUCUCGACACCUCGGGUUCAAUGUACCACAGUUUCGACGUCGUCAAAGAACACUUGCUCGAAAUAUUGUUCGCGCGUGCGAUUUCUGGCAGGGAUACCAUGUUCAACAUCAUUGAAUUUAACGAAGAGGUCAACAAAUGGGCAGACAGAUUAGUGGCUUGUACUCCCCGUACAGUUAGCAUCGCUAGCGACUGGAUCCACAAACUGAAGUGUGGAACAUCAACAAACACUAUGGAAGCUUUGAUCGAAGCGUACGACGAUGAUGGAAUGGACGCUAUUUAUCUAGUUACCGAUGGUCUGCCUGAUCAGAGUCCUCCAGUCAUAUUGGAAAACGUCCGUCGUCUACACAAAGGUCGGCCCAUACAUGCUAUAUAUCUCACUGGCACGCACUCGGAUCCUGCCGCAAAGGAAUUCUUGGAACAGUUGGCUAAAAUUACCAAGGGCUCUUUCCACACCAUAAGCCUUACACUUUAUGGAAGGAUCCAGAAAGUCACGCCGAUCUUCAAUCAGAAGACUGAAUUCAUGCGACAUUAUGAUGGCGAAUUCUUAUCACCCAACCUGACGAACGUAUUCAGUGUAAACUCCUCCAGGCUUGAACGGCCAACCUCUGCACCCCCCGCAUCAGGGUUUGUCCCGAGGAUUUAUGAUCCAGGAACCCCAGUCACGCUCCUUAGGGCACCCCACGGAACUGUCCCUAUUCCGUAUGUUUCAUGGAGUAAGUAUGAUCAGGAGAGAGGAACAUCGAAGGUCCUUCAGUAUGCUGAUGCAGUUUUGGCAUCUCGAGGGCUGUCUAAAGACAAUGAAAAGUCUACUACCCGUACAAAUGUGCCCGUAGCUGCCAGUAUAAUGAAAGGCAUGAAGGUGUUGGCAAGAAAAGAUUCCGAUGGUCUCUUUUACAUGGCAGUUAUAAAAGAACAGGGAGAAAAUGAUACAUUUGUAGUUGAGUUCGACCAAUGCCCAGCCCUGCACAAGCCACACCUACAGGAGGUACCUCUGUUUGAUAUGAUUGCUUACAAAGAUGCCAUAAGACACCAUGUAUGUAUUGGAGACAAAGUAUUAGCUCCAUGGCAGAAUGACGGGCGUUAUGGACCAGGCACUGUUCUUGAUGGAGUGGACCGCCGAGAUCUUCAGCCACAAGGUUUUGAAGGAGGUGACCUUCUUGUUGCCUUUUACAAUGGCCAAACGGAGCAGUUAUCACCCGGAGUUGCUGUAAGAAUACCACUUGCUGUGUUCGAUCGCAUUGUAACUGAACUUCAGCUACCCGAAUCCCAACGACGGAAAAUCAGGCUUGCUGCUGACACAUCAACUCCACCCUACCAAGGAAGACCCCCUCCUGUUCACACAACAUGGCAGCGACCAUUUAGCCCUCCACGGCAACCAAAACAGGGAACAUCCAAGCAUGAUUCAAAAGAAGCCCUAACUGACAAAAUCAAAUCACAGCUUGAGAGAAACAGACAUUUGCUGGAUAGGGUGCGGUUUGAUGAGGAGGGGGAGCCUGAAGAGAAUUUGUCUGAUACUGACAUAGAUGAAGUGGUAGACAUUGAAGACAGAAAUGGGUAUAGACAAGAAACCUUUGAUGUUUGUGUCAGAACUGAAGAUAUAGAUUUUAAAAGAUAUACAGACCCAGUCGUGCCUGUGGGAACACCACUUUCAAAAGCUGGUGGAAGACCAGAGACCAAAAGACGUUGGCGCUUGUGGAGUUCAGGGGUGCCUCCACGACCUGCAAGAUUCAGAGAGACAGCACUGGCAAAGCCAGCAGAAGUGCGAGAUGACAAAAACCAACGCCCAGGAUACCAGGAAUAUCAGAGUGUGGCAGGUGUGCCUUUUCCAUGUGGGACAGACAAAAAAUUUGAUGGUGAAGACUGGCAUCCACACCAUCAAUGGAAAAAUACUGGAAACACAGCAGCAAGGUCUGGUCCACCACAACUCAGACACCAUGAGUACCAGUCAUCUAAAGGAGUACCGUUCCCACCAGCAACAGAUAACAAAUUCAACACCGGUUCUGAUGGCAAUUGGCGACCUGAAUACGCCGGUGCUGAAGUGAAGCGGUCGUCCAAUUGGGAGGAUGGACUGGGUCGAGGAGAUAUCGAGAAAAAUAGGAAAGACAGGAAACGACUUGAGACAAAGAGAGACGCAAACCAGAGAUACCAUGCACAGAUAGCGAAGGAUUCCAUGGAGAAACAACAGAAAGAACGGGCUAGACAAGACUAUCACAGAAAAAUGGUUGACGAACGAACUCGUCAAAUUUCCGAGAAGUCCGCAGAAAAAGCCCGACAAGAAAGCGACAGAAUGGAUAGCAAAAAGCAAUCAAGUGAAAAGAUUUGCCAAAAGGAACGAGAGAGACAAGAAAAGGCCGAGACGUGGAAACACUCGCGGAUCGAAGCCAUGAGAGAACGAAGAACACAACACGAGGAAAUGGAGAACAGUUAUGAAAGAGCCGCACAAGAACAGGAGUCGCAAAGACUGAGUGGACUGAAGGAUCGCGAGCAAAGGAGAGUGGAAGCUCACCACGAUCGCUUGGUAACCGAGAGAAGAAUGGGACUAGAUAGGGAAGAUCAGUUGAAACAACGAGAAAUGGAACGUCAGGCGAGAAUAGAUAAGAUUAAAAACACCGCGGAACGAAGAAAAGAAAUGAAAAUUCACGUGAAACAACAGAAUGAACAGAAAUAUCGAGCAAGCAUUCUUCCCUAGACACAAAGGGGCAUAAUGAGGAUAAAGGACUAGACAAUAGCUUGUUUGCCGAUCAGUACUGAACAGUACUGAACUAGAAAAUAGAUACUUUACCUGAACACCAGUCCUUUCCUUCUUCAAUAGCACGAAAAGCAUGUAACAACGUGGGACGCAAGACUCUCCAUCUCUCUUUGUUUUGUUGUUGUCGUUGUUUUUUCUCUCCUCUGCUUCUCGUGCCCCGAGCUUUCAUGCGCUCUUCGAAAUCUUGAAAAGAUAUAGAACUUCUACUGAUACGUUCGGUAUUCUCGUUCCCAGAACUAAAUGCAUGUAUAGAUUUCUCACUCGUUUGAGGGAAGAAUAAACGUUAUUCUUUCCCUUUCUCAACGCUCAGAAUUCUCAAGAAAACUAUGUUAAGGCCCUUGCUCUAUUCCACUCGUGAAAUGAAACGGAAAUGACGCGCUCGGCUUGUACAGAUGGGCGCGACUGCAGGCCCAACUGUAACAACUUGUUAGGUUUAAUUUGCCAAAACGAAGUCAUUGUAAAAGUCGGGUAUGGAUGCGUGUUCAUGUAAAUACUUAGCUGUUAUGGGGAGAAUAUCGAUAAGGAACGUUACACAGAGAGAUUAAAUCAAAUAUAAAUGAAACGUGUAUUGAUUGCCCGAUUAUUAAUUUUCAAUGGAGGGAGCUUUGUACAAAAUACAGAUCUUCAUAACUAUCACUGCUUUUGUGUAUUAAAGAAAUCUGUGGACUCUUUAUAA